GGCUAUCUGGGAAAUUUGAUUGUUAUGCUUGUUGACUCCACGAAGUUAAAGUCGCGAGCAGGGGAAAUUGCAUGCAGUCCAAUACGGGAGAAUGGUUUAAGACAUGUUGCGGAAAUAAUCAAGAUUCCGCGUGUAAUCAGACACAAACACCAAAUUAACAGAAGCAAUUGAAAUAUUUGGAUGGGAUCAUCUUUCUUCUGCUAGCAACAUGGAUGUUGGACUUCCAUUUCGUUCUAGCUGUGCUGAAACACACCAGGUUGACCUGAGAGUGAUCGUGAAAGAAGAAGAUAUAAAAGAUGAUGUAAAACAGGAGGAAUCUGGUCAUCUGAUUGCAUGUCCAGAUGCAGAAGAAAAGUCUACUUACAGUGCAACACUACAGACAACGGUGAAGAAGGAAGAGGAAGAGGAGGAAGUGCAACAGCUUGGCCCGCUGAGCGUGAUGGUGAAAGAAGAAGAUAUAAAAGAGGAGGAGUAUGGUCAUAUGAUUUCAUGUCCAGAUGCAGAAGAAAAGCCCUUUGCAGAGUUUCACUGUGAAUCUCAAACAGACUGUAAAACUGAAACAGACGUCACAGAGUCACCAAGGUCUACUUACAAUGAAAUGACAACAGUGAAGAUUGAAGUGAAGAAAGAAGAGCAGGUGGAGGAAGAGGAGCAUGAGCAGCUGGAAAGUGUAUCAGAACACCCCCACAUAAGGCAACAGAAGAUCCAUGGACCGAAUGAUGAACUCAAAGGAAGGCUUUACCACCGCACAGUCUACAGGAAGAGUUUAACAGCCCUUACUGAACUCGAGAAACAGCAGCAAACACACUUUCAUGGUGUUAAUCAAAGGCAGAGUACUGGCAAAAGGGAACAUAAAAAUGCCAAUUGUGGAAAAGCCUUUUCAAAAAUGUCACAUCUUAAAGCCCCUUUCUUAAUACACACUAGAAGGAAGCCUCAUAAAUGUGUCAAGUGCGAUGGAGCUUUUACAAAGCUCUCAACUCUUAAACGCCACAUGUUCAUACAUACUGGAGAGAAGCCUCACAAAUGUACCCAGUGUGGAAAAGCUUUUUCACGAAGUUCAGCUCUUAAAACCCACAUGCUAAUACACACUGGAGGGAAGCCUCAUAAAUGUGUCCAGUGUGGAAAAGCUUUUUCAACAAGUUCAGCUCUUAAAAGCCAUUUACUAAUACACACUGGAGAGAUGCCUCAUGAAUGUGCCCAGUGUGGAAAAGCUUUUUCUCAAAGUUCAUAUCUUAAAACCCACAUGCUAAUACACACUGGAGAGAAGCCUCACAAAUGUACCCAGUGUGGAAAAGCUUUUUCACAAAGGUCAUAUCUUAAAACCCACAUGCUAAUACACACUGGAGGGAAGUCUCAUAAAUGUGCCCAGUGUGGAAAAGCUUUUUCAACAAGUUCAGCUCUUAAAAGCCAUUUACUAAUACACACUGGAGAGAUGCCUCAUGAAUGUGUCCAGUGUGGAAAAGCUUUUAAAUAUCUCUCAAAUCUUAAAACCCACAUGGUAGUACACACUGGAGAGAAGCCUCACAAAUGUACCCAGUGUGGAAAAGCUUUUACAUACCUCUCAUCUCUUAAAAAACACAUUAUCAUACAUACUGGAGAGAAGAAUCAUAUAUGUGUCCAAUGUGGAAAAGCUUUUUUGCAAACUUCAGCUCUUAAAAGCCAUUUACUAAUACACACUGGAGAGAAGACUCAUGAAUGUACCCAGUGUGGAAAAGCUUUUACAUACCUCUCAUCUCUUAAAAAACACAUUCUCAUACAUACUGGAGAGAAGCAUCAUAUAUGUGUCCAAUGUGGAAAAGCUUUUUCGCGAUGUUCAACUCUUAAAAGCCAUUUACUAAUGCACACUGGAGAGAAACCUCAUGAAUGUGCCUUGUGUGGAAAAGCUUUCAGAUAUCUCUCUCAUCUUAAAACCCACAUGCUAAUACACACUGGAGAGAAGCCUCAUAAAUGUGUCCAGUGUGGAAAAACGUUUACCUGCAACUCAAAUCUUAAACGCCACAUGUUCAAACAUACUGGAGAGACGCCUCACAAAUGUACCCAGUGUGGAAAAGCUUUUUCACAAAGGUCAGCUCUUAAAAUCCACAUGCUAAUACACACUGGAGAGAAGCCUCAUAAAUGUGUCCAGUGUGGAAAAACGUUUACCCGCAACUCAAAUCUUAAACGCCACAUGUUCAAACAUACUGGAGAGGCGCCUCACAAAUGUACCUAGUGUUGAAAAGCUUUUUCACAAAGUUCAGCUCUUAAAACCCACAUGUUAAUACACACUGGAGAGAAGCCUCAUAUAUGUGUCCAAUAUGGAAAAGCUUUUUCGUAAUGUUCAGCUCUUAAAAGCCAUUUACUAAUACACACUGGAAAGAAACCUCAUGAAUGUGCCCUGUGUGGAAAAGCUUUCAAACAUCUCUCAAAUCUUAAAACCCACAUGGCAAUAGACACUCACAAAGACAGCCACAAAAGUACUCAGUGGGGAAAAGCUUUUACACACAUUUCAGGUCUUAAAAGCCAUUUACGAAUACACACUGGAGAGAAACCGCUUCAUUAAUGUGGCCAGUGUGGAAAAGGUUUUCCAUAUAUUUCUAAAUUAAAAAGACACACUGAAAAGAGGCCUCAUAUAAAGGCUUAAAAAUAUAUGCAAAUUCACAUAUGCAAAUUCACGUUGGAGAGAAAGUGUGAAAAGGCAUUCAAGUAUUCCUAUUCAAAAUAAUAUGAUAGUGCAACUGUUAAGAAUUGAAAAAGCCACAGAAAUGUUUGAAAAAGCAUUGAUAGUCCCUCGCAUCUAGAAAGACAGGUGUAUGUUACCAUGACAAGUUAAAUAUAAACAUAGUCUAUGAAAUGUUGAAAUGUUUAUGUCCAGUUUGCACAAGCAGCGAAAUAGGCUGUCAUUCUAUGAAAUCAUGCCUCACAUUACAGUAACGCUAAUUUAUGAAGGACGUGUACAAUUCAUUUAUUGGGACUAUUCCUAUUUUUUUUUUUUUUUUGGGGGGGGGGGGGGAUUCUAGGGAAGCUAGAAAGAUGUCACGACCACUCAUCUAAAACUUUCAACAAGGGUCUGUAUUCACUCAGGUGAACCAGCAUUGCCGUUCAUCACAGCUGUUGCUUCAUUAUUAGGCUACCGGGUCUGUGAGUAGGGGCAGCUGGAAGUGAGAGAAAAGGGGCUGUGAAAGCGCAGCAAUUAACUUAUGCAAACAACAAUAUUAUGGCAGUUUUUAAGCUCGCCUAUGCCGACCGCAAACCGUUACCAAUCUAGUGGGAAUUCUUCCGAGAUUCUCCACUACUGCAGUUGUGUAGCUAGAGUCUGUUUGCAAUGUGUGGGCAACAAUUUGCGCUGCUUUAUAGAAUGAAAGUAGGCUUCUCCGCUGCUUGUGCAAAGCUGAUCCUAAACCACCUGCUGGUGCUGACGACGCUUAAUAAAGUGCAUUGUGGAAAUAUAUAGUUUGUGAUUUAGUGCCGUUUAAAUGUAAGCUUAUAGGCCAUUAUGGCUAUUUUAAAGAGAUUGUCUGUAUGCCCAGUAUUCUGGAAUAUUAACAUUUUUUCCAGCGAAAAAAAAGUCUUGCGUAACCUGCUUUCAAUGCUAUGUGAAAAAUCAAUAUGUAUCUUUGAAAUGUAUGUAUUUUUGUAUGAAAUGUAUGUAAAUGAUCAGGUCUUUGCUCAUCUCAUUAUUUUAUAUACAUAUAUUUAUGAUUUGACUGCAUCGUUUGUAACAAGAAAGCAUUGCAUUGUAUAAAGGAAUGGUCAUAACCAGUGUUAACUUGACAUUUUUCUUCAUCGUUUGUAACGAGAAAGCAUUGCAUUGAAUAAAGGUAUGGUCUUAA